CGCCUGGCGAACAUUACAGAAGGGGGUCUUGUACGGGGACACAGGUGGACAUCUGCUACAAACUGCAGGACAGGGGACCAAAAGAAUAAUGGAGAGCCCAGUGGUUGCGGUGUUGAUACUGGUGUUACUGAGUGGACAGUCAGUCACAGGAAGAGUUCUCAAACAAAUUGUUGAGCCAAGAAAUUAUGACUACACCAAGUAUCACCCUCUGUCUGAGAUCACAGCUUGGAUGAAGCAGAUUGAAACAGAGAACCCGGGAGUGGUAUCUACCACCAUCUAUGGGAAGUCCUAUGAAAACAGAGACAUUGCAUUCCUCAAGAUUGGCCUGAACUCUGCUGAGAACAAAAAGGCCAUCUGGAUGGACUGUGGUAUCCACGCCAGAGAAUGGAUCUCCCCGGCUUUCUGCCAAUACUUUGUCAAAGAGAUACUCCACACUUACAAAACCGAUGCCAAGGUGGAGGAGAUGCUCAAGAACCUGGAUUUCUACGUCACCCCUGUGCUGAAUGUGGAUGGCUACACAUACACUUGGAAAGACAAUACGACUCGAUUGUGGAGGAAAAACAGAUCGCCGCCAAGCACAGCCACUUGCAACUGUACAGGCAUAGAUCUCAAUCGCAACUAUGAUGCUGUGUGGGGAACCUUUGGUGUGUCUACAAACUGUUGCUCCAUCCUCUACCCUGGACCCAAGGCCAAUUCAGAGCAUGAGACCAGGGCUGUGGUGGACUUUGUGGGGGCAAGGAGUAAAGACAUCCUCUGCUUCCUGACCAUCCACUCCUAUGGCCAGAUGAUCCUCUUCCCAUAUGGCCACCCGCACAUCAAGGACCCCAACCAUGAUGAGCUGACAGCGGUGGUGAAAAAUGCAGGCCAAGCCAUAAAGGCAGUUCACGGAAUGGACUACAUAGUGGGUGCCCUCGCAGAAGCCUUGUACCCAGCUGGAGGCACCUCCAUGGACUGGGCCCGCCUCAUCGGUAUCCCCUUCUCCUUCACCUUCGAGCUGAGGGAUAAGGGUGAGCACGCCUUUGAACUCCCAGAGAACCAGAUUCAGCCCACCUGUGAGGAGGCCUAUGAGGGAGCUCGCUCCAUCAUCACCUACGUCCACGACAAAACCUUCCACAAUAUUACCACUCUUCCAAAUGCUGCUACCACGUUAAUGGCCACCAUGUGGACUGUCCUGCUCACUUUAUGCCUCUCUAGUGCAUCCCUGCUGUAGAUGAUGCUGACCUUGUGGCUCCUUAGCACUGCCCUGUGUGAAGGAGGGGAACAGCUGACAAUACAAAUCUGUGCUGGGCUAUAGAGUGCUUUGCUCACUGUCUGAUCAACCAAUCUCUAAAAUUGAAUUUCAUUAUUCUUAAAAACAGUACUGAAGAAGAUUACUGAAGAGUUUUGAAUAGUGCCAUGAUGUUUUUGUAGAAACGUAAUUAUUUUCUGAAAUGUAGUUAUUAUGUAUAUAUUUUUGUUGUGUUUCAUGAACAAAACACUGCUAUUUAUGAAAAGCACAUAGUAUUAAAAGGUCUAAAAAUCA